AUGUGUCUUGUCAGCGUAAAGGAGGACCACGACGACUACGCUGUCCCAGCCCGGGUUGUUCGACGAGAGCGCCGCCACUCUCCACCUCGCACCACAAGAGUCUCUCGCACAUACUACGAGGAGGCUCCACGCCCUCAGGAGCGAACCUACAUCAUACAGCAACCUGCACAACCUCCUCCUGUUAUAGAGUAUGCCCCACCGCCAUCCGAGCACCACGACCACCAUAAUAGCCAUUAUGAUGCGCCUCCACCCCCACCCUCUGUACACGCAUCAGAGAGGCACUCUCAUGCUGGCCCUCAAUAUGUUGAAGUAACGCCAUCCUCGCGCUCGAGCAGCAGCAGUAGCUCCAGCGAUGGCGAUCGAUCCAAAACAACCUCUCGCUCUAAAGCCACUGGCUCUCGGAGCGAGUACCACCUGCGAGAGAAGGAGUAUGUGAGGGAGCGUAGGAGUCCGCAUCAUCAUGGGCAGAAAGAAGAUUACGAUACAUAUCGCUAUGUCCAACCUCCUCGCGUCUCUGGUCAUCGCAGCAGUGGAAACCUUGGCCCACGGAGUAGCCAGAUUGACGACCCUCGCACUAGUCGCUCGAGCUACAACAUAGUGAUCGAAAGCGGCAGAGAACGAGAAUAUCGCCGUUGA